UGUACAAGGUGUCGCCCGCUGAAAUUGAGCUCUUUAAAUACGAACGCAGGAAAGGAGUAAACAGGCAGUUGUUGGACGGCAACAGUUGUGGAGUCUACGCAUCAUCACGAGUCAACGAUUUCGAGAAUUUCUUCAUUGAACCGGAAGUCGAUUUACAGAAUAAUUAUGAGUGGAUAUUUGGCAAUUAUCGGUUUGGUGUGUUUGCAAAUACUGCGCGUAAUGUCGAUUAACGAAUUCCCGGAGAAGAAGAUACAAAAUAUCUGGUUGACGGACAUGGACGACAAACAGACCGCGUCCAGGAUCGAACGCAGUGAUCAGUUCGAAACGGCCAGUGACGUCAUCAUGAAGGACGCAAGUGCUUACCCGAAGAUCACCCGCCGUGGGUUCGCGGGUGAGGAAUUUUUCUUGAAGGCUUCGAAGUCGGUGCCCAGGAUUGGUCGCAGGAACAACGAUAUUCAGGAAUCGCCGAAAAGAUCAUUGAGCAAAGAUCAAGUGAACAUGGUGGAAUAUUGGCCGUAUUUGCAGCCAAACGACAUCAACGAAUUGACCAGGAAACAUGACUUCGACUUGCCGUAUAACUGUCAGCAACUGGACGCCAAAACGAUUUUUUUGGUGGACAUGUACAACUUUGUGUGUAACGAUCAGUUCUAUUGUUGUGCGCCGGCGAAGCGUGCCAUAGCCAACUCUCCUAACGCGAAUUCCUUGUGAAAAUAUUGGAGCAUAAUAUGAUACAACAAUAUGAUAUUAUUGUAAUGCUAAUAAAAUAAUAUGUAGUCAGUCUUAGAUUUAGUGGGAAUAUGUUUUUGUUUAUAAUUAAUAUUAUUAUUUUUAUCAUCAUACUUAUUUUGAGUGGUUUUAUAUUUACAACCAACGGAAGAACAAUCAACUGCGGAUACUUAUAUUGAACGCUUAAGACACGUGAUCGCAGUGAUUAUUGUGUUGCGCGCUUUAAAAUAUGUAUUAAAUGUAAAAUUUAUAUCAAAUGAAACAUGUCUUCAACUCAAUAAAAAUCGAGGAAUUAACCUAUA